CGGGCGCUGAGGGGCGCGGGGGGCGCGGGGCCCGCCGCGGCCGCCAUGACCUACACGGCGGAGCAGCUGGACGGCGUGAGGCGAAUAAAGAGGUGUCGGAAUUACUAUGAGAUUCUGGGCGUGGAGAGGGAUGCCAGCGAGGAAGAGCUGAAGAAAGCCUACCGCAAGCUGGCCCUGAAAUUCCACCCUGACAAGAACCGCGCUCCCGGGGCCACGGAAGCCUUUAAAGCAAUAGGUAAUGCUUUUGCAGUCCUGAGCAACCCCGAGAAACGAUUACGAUACGAUGAAUUCGGAAGCAACCACGAGCAUGUCAGCACUGGCCAAGCCAGGCACUAUAAUUACUACACAGAAUUUGAAGCAGACAUUACACCAGAAGAAAUAUUCAAUGUGUUUUUUGGUGGACACUUCCCUACAGGAAACAUCCAUAUGUUCUCUAACGUAGCCAGAGAUGCUCACUAUUAUCCACGGAGGCACCGAAAUGAGAGAGCGUGGACACAGGAGCACGAGGAGGAGGAAAACAGGCCACAGAAUUCAUACUCUGCAUUUAUUCAGUUGAUGCCUGUUUUCAUCAUAAUAAUAGUGUCAGUUAUAACUCAGCUCAUGGCCACCAACCCUCCCUACAGCCUGUUCUACAAAUCGUCCAUAGGCCACGUGAUUAGCAGAGAAACAGAGAACUUGCAGGUGCCUUACUAUGUUGAUAAAAACUUUGAGAAGAAUUACCAAGGAGCAGAACUCCAAGAGCUAGAGAAAACGGUUGAAAAGGAUUACAUAGACUACAUCCAGACCAGCUGCUGGAAGGAGAAACAGCAAAAGUCUGACUUGUCGAACCUGGCCAAGCUGUACAGGGACGAGCGGCUGAAGCAGAAAGCGGAGUCGCUGAAACUCGAGCACUGUGAGAAGCUCUCCAGUCUGAUCGGCAUGCACAAAGGGGGCUGAGCUCCACACCCACCUCCUGCACUUUUAAUUUGUUGCUGGGUUCACUUCAGUUUCAUUUUCCUUUGGAUUAAAAAGGAAGGGGCCUGUUGUAAAGAGACUGAACGCUCCAGUCCUUGUGCGUACGCCAGCUGCGGGGCUCGUGCUUGCUGUGAGAUAAACCGGACGCUCCGUUUGGUUCCAAGGACCAGUGGCACUUUGUAAAUGACUUCCCUGGGAGCUGCUGGCAGUUUGGAACCCGUCUCCAUCAGUGGUUUGUCUGCCAUCCAAGUGGCAGCUGCUUCCCAGGAGGGCAGGCAGCUGGCCUGGCUUCCCGUGGUUCCCAUGGACCUGCACCAGCAGCGUAGCCCCCAGCGGUCGGCCUUGUGCUGGGGUCCUGCUGCUGCCCUGCCUUGUGGGGAGGAUUUGGAGGAAGGCACCAGUGUUUUCUGAGCUGCGGGUGAGCCCUGGAGCCUCUUCUCCCCGCUGCCAGAGGCACCUGAGCCUGUGCCUGGUCAGGGUGGAGGGCCAGGCCUCUUCUGAUCAUGGUGGGACCAGACACAGACAUGGAGUGAGAAGACAAAUCUGUGAAUUGCACCCAUUCCAGCGUCUGCCAGACUGUAAAAGACAACUGUGUUUCUUUUCUCAUCUGUUUCCAGUGGCAUAUUCCCAAGCUGGCUGUUUAAUCCUGACUUUUCUCUGCAAACUCUUCUCCGGCUGUUACAGGGCUCCUGCUUUUUCUGGUGCAGCUCUGAUGUAGCAAAACUCAGCUGAGCAGUUAGGAAUCCUGUUUCACUGUAGAGACUAGCAUUGCAAAGGGAAAGAUCCAUGUGCUAGUGUCCUGUUGUUCCUUGAUCCCCAGCAGGCAGGGCGAGGGUGGGGUGGAUGAACUGAACAGCGGAAUGAACUGUUCUGAGGAACAGCAGCACCGGGGCUGGAGGUGCAGGGGACCAGGGAAUGUCCCCUCGGUGUCCCUGCCCUGUCCUUUAGGUUGGCCAGCGAGCAAAGCUGGAGCUGUGGGGAGAGAAACUCUGCUGAGGGCCUCCAGCACGGGCUGGGGGUUUGUGCUGGGCUUUGAGCCUCGGUGCUCCUGCAGAUGAGCUGAACCCAUCCCACGUGUGGUGAGACCAUUGCAAUAUAAUAAAAACCCAACAUAGUAACUCCUGAUAA